AAUCUUUGUUUUGAGUUGAGUUAUUCUAUAUCUCAUAUUUGGGCAAGAAGUGCACACAUGUUGUGCUAAGGGAACCAGCACUCCCUCCCAUGUGAAGGCUAGCAAGAUAUCCCAACAAUUUUAACUUUGGUUAGUGAUGUUCAUUACUUAUUGCGUUUUUCUCAUAUAACUUGACAUCUCUCUGUACCUGUAAACCUCAUGUGUAUCUCUUUUUCAAUCAUAGUUAUACAGCUAACUUUCAAUUGGAAUCAGAUAUGAGUUUUUUUCCCUUUUGACUGAGGUCUACGUAUUGAAUGCAACUUCAUAAAAAGAAUUUGAAUUUCAUCAAAAAUUUGAUGAUGCAAUAUUCUGGGUUUAAAUUUGUUACAGCAAAAAUUUGAAUGAAGAAUCAUCAGAUUUUAGCAAUUUUGAAAUACCAUCAGACAUGAAAGACAGAUGAAAAACUCACAUUGCAUUGACUACCUAUAUACAUGGAUUGUAGUUUGAAGUCUGUUGUGUAUACAAUAUAAUAUUACAUACCAGGUUUCAGAGGAUGCAGAGUUGGCCAAGGCCAUUCAGUCAAUUUUUACAGCUCUAUGGUCAAGUUGCUGGCACAUCUAAUCAGGUCCGGUGCCUUGCGCUGACAUUCCGGAAAAUGGAUGAGGCAAUGCAGCAUCUUCAGAGCAACCCUUUCUAUGGGAAAUAUGCACAAAAAAUCGACAAGAUUAAAAAGGAGCGACCUGUGGAGCUGGUGAAGGCGGUUCAAACUCGCAAGUCGGAGGCUAAGAACGAAGCUGCUGACGCGGUCGUGGGCGCUGCAGGCGUCAAGCCUAUUUCCUCCAAGGCACCCAAGGGCAAGACCACAUUGCCUAGUGGCGCCUACGCCUUCGCGCCCCCAAAAAAACUCGACAGCAUCAUGAAGACCGAGCUGCUUCGGUACAAGAAUGCCGAGGAAGUUACUUUUUUGUGGAACCAGCACUGGCAGAACUUCCCCGUCAUCAGCGGAGUAAUGAAGGGUCAACUCUACGACUCCAUCCGCGCCACCGCCACCACCUACGAUAAGUUUUUAUUCGCCCUACCAAGAGAGCAAGGCUAUGAGUUCAUCCUCGCCCAGUUUGCCGGACCUGAGGUGCACUUCACACCUCUCAUCAACUACCAGGCGUACCAAGAGAACGCGCCUGAGUGCCUCACGAUGGUGCACUACACGGAGCUGCAAGAGAGCCUCGACAUCGUGCUCAUGCGGGGCGAGUAUGACACCAAUACUCUUAGUGGCAAGGAGGCGCAGUUCCUUGCUAACCAAGUGCAGCUCUACUACUCCGGCGUCGAGCCCAGCAAGACGGCGCUACUUAAACUCUUCCACGAGCAGCCACAGAAUUUCUCCCACAUGGACUUGGUCAAAGAGUUCGACAAGCUCGACCUGUCUGCCCUGCAGCUGAAAGCGCCCAAAAACUAGUCGAGUUCGGUCCAUGAACGUAAUUGUUUAAAUGGGUUACCAGUGAAAUUUCCAGUUUAAAUAGGUCACCAGUGAAAUUUCCAGUUUAAAUAGGUCACCAGUGAAAUUUCCUAAGUCAAGUAGUGUGGUCAAAGUUUUGCUAAUACGGAUCAUAUUAACUAGGCAUAAAAUUAGAGGCGCUUUUGAAAGUGAAAUUCAUAAUACAAUUACUCGUAUUACCAAAGUAAUAGCAAAUCAUUACACCUCAUUUGGAAGUGGCUGAUUCAUUCAUCAUUGGCUCAUUCAUUAACGUCGUACGAAUGACACUACAGAUAAUUAAAUAUCGUCUCUUGUCCGUUGAGAAAACUGACAAGACUUUUGAUGCGCUUCUGUGAAGUUCCUUGUUAAUAUGUAGAUAAAUUUUAAUCGUUUAAAUUAAUGUAAUGAAUAAGGUGUU